UGAAAAAAAAAAGUGAACCUUUCAAGCAAUUUUAGUUCGACCCACGUCCUCAGACAGACCUCAGCCCGUCUCUCUCUCUCUCUCUCUCUCUCUCUCUCUCUCUGUCAGUGUGAUGUUUGUAUCCUCUGGAUAACGGAAUAAAAUCUCUGCAGCUCCACAGCAGGAUGUGUGGUAUGACGGUCCUUUUAGAUGAUGGUGGAGGCGAUGAAGACUUUGAUGUGGGUGACGGGAUCCGGAUGCUGCCGCCUCCUCCGGCUCAGUGUGAUGGUGGGGUUUGGGGGGCCCGGCGGGGUCACUGCGGGUGUGUGCUCUGGACGCUGGUGCUGCUGCUGUGGAACGUCCUGCUGUUGCUGGUUUGUGUGGGGCUGAUGUUCCUGAUCUUUAGCCUCAUUCUGCUGCCCGCCGCCCUGCUGCUGUACGCCGGUUUCCUGUGCCACUCACGGGUUGUGGCUUCACAGGCUGCUUUCUGCCGUUACCUUGACGACAACAGCUGCUCUGCCCUCAUCAUCCUGGGUUUUGUCAUGAUGUCUCCGCUGGUCGUGGUUGCUGCGGCAACAUUCUGCGCUCUUCUCAGGCGGCUUCACCUUCUCUUAUAUUUUCAGCCAAUCGCCGAAGCGCGGUAUAAAGGGCGGGGCUUGGGCUGGAGGCGGGACAUCCACGCCUGGGUUUGACUGACAGACACGCCCACCGUUCUCAGUUCAGCGUGCAGUGUGACCUCGAGCAACAUUUAUAAUUUGAAGAUCAAAGGGUUAGUGAUGUCACGGGACUGUAACGCUCAUGUAACUCAAUCGUGUAACGUGUAUAUAAUGUAUCCCUGAAUGACGGAAAUGUCAUGACUUUUUCCAGAGAAUCCUGUUUCAGCCGAUUCAGUCCUUUCACAUGAUUGAGAAAUUGAUGUAAAUUUGAAGCGUAAGUGUUACUGUAUAUUUCAAAUGUAAAUGUAUUACCAUUUUAGAUUUUAUGACUACUUUCUUUCCGCAGUCUGUUUGCGUGCAACAUAUGACAAAACAAUCACACAAUGUUCAUCAUCACUACAGAAUCGCAAUGAAAAAUAUCUCUUUGUUCUGAAAAAAACGUAGAUGUAUUGCAAUUUAAGUGUUACCAAACUGAUGUUUCAGUGGUUUAUGAAAAAGUGAAGUAGUCUAGAGAUGUGUUUAGUCGCUCAUGUCGCUGUUUAUAUUGCAGAAAUGUGAAUAAACCGACUGAAAUCAGA